UUGAUGCUUUAUGGUACACGCAUAUCUGAGAAUUGGUGCAAUAUAGUAAUUCUGUCUUAUACAAGGGAGUGUUGGGAGCCGGGUUCCGGGAGAUUUUUGUUAAGGAUACGAGCCAUUGGAGGCACAUUAUGAGCUGCUGGCCGUGACUCGGGAACACGUGGACUGGCCGUGAGCAACCAUGAGCGGGGCUGCUCUGGGGAUUGAGAUCGUCGUGGUGUUCUUCCUGGCGCUCUUCCUGCUCCACCGGUAUGGCGACUUCAGGAAGCAGCAGAAGAUGGUGCUGUUUGGCACGCUGCUGGCCUGGUACCUCUGCUUCCUCAUCGUCUUCAUCCUGCCGCUAGACGUCAGCACGACCAUUUACAAGCAGUGCAAGAACGAGACCGAGGCUCACUCUGCUGUGACACUACUGCUGGCCAACCAGACAGCUGGGAACGGCUCCAUCUCGCCCACGCCAAGUUUACAAAGGAAGGUGUGCACCAAGCCAUGGAGCUACAUACCGGAUGGCAUCAUGCCCAUUUUUUGGCGCGUUGUCUACUGGACGUCCCAGUGCCUGACCUGUGUGAGGCUUUUGCAGAAGGAGGUGCGUAAAGUGAGCGAAUCCAUUAAGUAUAACCAUCCCUUGAGAAAGUACAUUGACACUAUACUAAGAAAGUGCCCCACGGACUACCAGGAGAAGAUGGGUAGGAACAUGGACGACUAUGAAGAUUUUGAUGACAAGCAAAACACCUACCCAAGCGAGAAAAGCCUGACUAAGCUGCACAAGCAAGUGAUCUACGCUGUGCAGAGGCACAACCGCACGCAGGUGCAGUGGCAGAUCCUCCUGGAGCAGGCCUUCCACCUGGAGGACGUGGCCAAGAACGAGGCCAGCGCCACGCGCCAGUUUGUCAGGAGCUUCGCGCCCCAGGAGCCCGAGGGCUGGGUCUCCCGCUAUCUCUACACGCCAACUGUAGAGUGGUACUGGGAGUGCCAGCUGAAACAGUGGUUUUACCGGGCUCUGGCCAUCUUGCUCUCGGCGUUCUCUGUGGCGGUGGUUUGGUCCGAAUGCACCUUCUUCAGUACGCGCCCAGUCCUCUCUCUCUUCGCCGUCUUCAUCCAGCUGGCCGAGAGAACCUACAAUUACCUGUACAUCGAGAUGGCUUGUUUUAUCACCAUCUUCUUCCUGUGCACCUGUGUGUAUUCCACCGUGUUUUGGAUCCGAGUCUUCAACUACUACUACCUGGCUUCUCACCACCAGACCGACGCCUACAGCCUGCAGUUCAGUGGAAUGCUGUUCUGUCGCUUGACACCUCCCCUGUGCCUGAACUUCCUGGGUUUGAUCCACUUAGACUCGACCAUUUCCCAUCAGAAGAAGGAACAGACCGCCUACACCUCUAUCAUGGGUUCAAUGCGGGUGCUGUCCUUCAUUGCAGAUGGCUUCUACAUCUACUACCCUAUGCUGAUAGUCAUCCUCUGCAUCGCGACCUACUUCAGCCUUGGGACCCGCUGUUUGAACUUACUGGGGUUCCAGCAAUUCAUGGGAGACAAUGACAUGACCUCUGACCUCAUAGAUGAAGGAAAAGAGCUCAUCAGGAGAGAGAAGAGAAAGCGCCAAAGAAUUGAAGAUGGGGAGAACAGAAGAAGGGAAUUGAAGGAUCGCUAUGGAAACCCGAGAGAGGACUAUACCCGCAACAGGAAUGUUAAUUCAGAGCUGAAAGAGACGAAUUUCUCGGACUCGACCAACGUCAGUUCAAGCAGACAAGCCAUGAAGUACACCAGGUCCAGCGGCCGGCCUGACAGGGACCGCGUGGAGCUGCUGCAGGAUGCAGAGCCCCUGGACUUCAACGCGGAGACCUUCUCCGAUGACCCGCUGGAGGCCGAGCCCGGGAGGCACCCUCCUGGGGGAAGGUAUUUGUCAAUGUCCCGAAGUCGGAUCUUCGACGACGUGUGAACCAGGCAAGAGGGAGAGGUGCAGUUUGGCCGAGAUCCUCCUGCACAGAUCAUGUCUCUGAUCUAGCUUCCUGGGCCUCUUCACCCAGACACAUGCCGGACAUUCAACCCAACACCAGGCCUGACAACCAGACAAUAAGGUUUGCUUGUCUGUGAAUGUAGCACAUUACCUCUCGUGUUCAACUGGCAGUUCUGUAUCAUGGCUUCUCGUGGCUCAGUGUGGACUGUAGACAUUGCGUAUGCCCAUCUGCAAAUCCACUUGGAGUGGCUGCAAGCCUGGAGCUUUUUAUAACACGAGUCCUUUUCUUUUUUUUUCCUGUAUCAGAAUGUGACUUUUUUCAGUAAACCAGAGAUCAGGCAGGCACAAGCUGGCCGCUGGCCCCUGGCCCCAUCCUCCAAGCCUGUUCUGUCUCUUUGCAAACUGUUCUCACAGCUGGUCUUGCUUCUAUAUGGAUAAUGUGCUGCUCCCUCUAUGGUUCUUCUUUUAAAAACAAAAAUGGGCCACAGCAUGCAUCAAUGUCAUUUUCCAAAAUUACCAAUAGCUUUGGGUUCCCAUGUCUUUCUGGCCAGGGCAGAACAGUUAUGAUAAGGCAGCAAAACACACCAGGAGAAGUGAAACAUGCUCCUGCAUUACUGAUCGACUGAUGACAUCAUGUGAUCCGAUGUGUCUCUACCUUUUUUGGAUUUGGUGAAAGGAAGACAUACUGUACUGUGCUUAACUUUUAAGUAAUCAAGUUUUAUGUCAGAAAACCCUUGUGUACACAGUUUUAAUUAGUAUUGUGUACUUGCCUCCGACAUACUAUGUUACAUGUGUCCAGAAUAGAAAUACAUGCUGGCUUGCCUGCACAUGCUGUUGGCGCUCCUCCAGUCCUUCAGUCUGCUGCAGGAACAGUGUGAGGGGCUAAGGGCUGGUGGCACUUUGAGAAAAUGGCUUGUUUACUGACCUUCAUUACCUUACAACUGAUCACACACUAAAACACGGCACCUCUGUAACAAAGCUCUUUUUACCAUUACAAACAAAGCAAGAAAACCUUUCUUGUGUUUAUUUCUGAACUGUACAUACAAAACCUUGUAGCUGUGUCUGAAGUGUUAACAGGUUAUUGCAUAAUCACUGUAAGUAAAAAGUACACUGAAUUGUACAUAGAGGAUUUUUUUGUGUACGUGUAAAAUCGCAUUAUUGCCACAUUUGGUGUAUUUAAAGGUGUUUGUUUAUGGCCUUGAAAUGUUUUUAUUUCAAGAAAGGUUUCUCUUAAUUUAUGGAAAUCACUACAAGCUGAAGUACCGCACUCAUGUGAAAAGUUCUUUUUCUGCUUUAAAGGGGUAUAUGGCUUUGGGCACCGCAGUCAGUGUGAUCAGAUCCAUAUUACAAAGGACGUAGUGUUCCCAGAUUUGCAUCAGGCUACAUUGUUUGGAAGUGAAAAACGUGUGUUUUUGUUGUCCUGAAAUUUUGGUGCUGGGGCUACCUUUCUCAGGAUCAUAAGUAAUGAUAUCGUUUGUCACGAAAAAACUGCUUUACUGCUUUUUGCCUCUGUUCGUUGUCUGGCAUAAAUUAUGACAUGACUGUGCCUGAUCCUAACUGUGUGGCGUUUCCUAACAGUGAUGAGAGAUGCUCAGAGAUGGUCAUACCCAACCACACUCUAGAUGGGCUGUGCUCACUGAGGACGGAAUUCCUCAGGGUACAAGUCACCAAUUUUCACUCAACACUGCUCCUCACAGGUACUGAAAGAUACAUAGGAAUAACUUUUAUUACUCUGUUAAUGACUUCGUCCUGGUGAAGAGUUUUUUCUGUCUCUGUUUUGAAGAAGUCAGUGAGUGUUAACUGCAGUUUCUUAGCUACUGCUGUAGACUGAUAUUUAACGUUUUUGAGGGGUUUCAGUUGUGUGAAUACUGUCUCUUCAUUCCCUUGCUGCCUAAUUAUUUUUACUUUUUCACAUUAUUUUGCCCAGGUUGUGCUUUUAAGUUCAAGCCAGUCAUCCAGUUAUCUGUAAAGUGUUGUUCCUGAGAUGUGAACUAGCUCUCGAAUAUCCCCCCGCUUCUGCAUAAGAAAUGAGACUUAAAAAACAGUCUUUGUCUAAAUUAGCAAUACUUUCUCUCUCAUGUGCAGUGUCUUAAUCUUAAGUUGUGAUAACUCAUUCUUUUCAACAGUGUUAUGUUACACUGAUUCUUGUUCACUGUCCUCUAUUUAAAUUCUCAGUUCUGUCCAGUAUAACAUUAACCUGCAGAGUGCCAAAGUUUUCGUUUAUGUUUUAUUCUUAGGGUAGCUGAAGAAGUGACCUUUUUAGACAUGAGCGCCAUCCUGCCAUUGAGCAAUAAGGUUAUAAUAUCCAUCAAGAUUUUACAUCUUUACAAAUCAGUAUGAUAUGAUCAUGACUGAUGUAUGUAUUUUAUAAUUAUUUUAAAAAUAAGUAGUCUCUGUACACUGCAGUUCAGACAGCUUUGUUUUAAUUCAUUUUACUGUCUGGGUUCCCACCAUCAUUAAACUGAAAAGAUAAAAGUAAUCGGUUCUAAAUGAAUUUGUAGUAGACAAUGUGAUUGUGCAAAAGUAUUGACAUGUCUUUCUCUCCUGUAAAUGUAGCCAAAAUGUGCUUUGGUUAUGGACCAGUUGAUACUUAAAUACAUACUGGAUAUGCAUAAAAGCCAAGCUCUUCUCUAAAAACGUCAUUCAUUAGUUUAUAAAAGGUAAAAAAGAAACUGGAUUCUGUAGUGAAUCAAUAAUGUGGACAUACUGAAAAAAGAAAACUUUCACAUUGGGGAACAAUUUCUUCAGGUGAAGUGCAAUGUUUGUGAUGGUGUAUAUGAUUUUACUGUAGUUUUAGCUUUUUACAAGAAGCCCACUACCCAAUAAAACCACCCUUUAAUGCAAGUUCUUCCUUAAACGUAAAAGUAGAUCAGAUUUAGGAUUAAGGGUCUAACUUAAUUUAAUCUUAACUUAAUAGGAUCUAACUUUUUAGGAUUAAUUGUGUUGUGUGUUAAUUGCAAAUAUGUUAACGACCCCAGGUGUACAUAAAAUAAGCUCUUCAAAAGUGUUUGUAAUUUCUGUCUGAUUCUGACUCUAAAGAGUGAAGAUCUGCUUUUGGAGAAAGAAGGUUCCAAACGAGAGGAGGCCUGACUGGCUCAUUUGGUAAUAGUAUGACUGGCACACGUACUAAUCCCCCUGUCUUGUAUUGAGUAUACAGUGCAGUGUAGGUGCUCUGAUGUCGUAGAGUUUGGCUAUUUUAUUUCUCCUGUGCUGUAUUUCUUCCCUCGGUUAGCUUCUGCUUUGAUCAUUUCCACAUUCAGGGUUCUAGAAAAGCGAUGCUCCUUUAAAGGCUUAAAAAAUCAAAUAACAUAAAAUCAAACCAGUCAUUUUCUAUUUAGCCUCUGGUCCUGUAUUUUAAAACUAGCUGAAAUUCCCUUCGUGUAAAAUAUGAUAAUAUCCUCAUGUAGUUUGCUUUGCCUUGCACACAUGUGUGCUGUAGGCUCUUUGCAGCAUUGUGUAACCCAGGUGAAAGGUCAAGUGCUGGUCAGAUUGCAAUCUUGGACUGGUAAGGGGAACAAAGCAUAAGGGUUUUUGGAACCCUUUGCAUGAGAAUUCCGCUGAUAUCUUCUAAAGAGUGAACUAAAAUGGUUCUCUAAAGAGGCCUGUGAAAAGGAACAUGAUUUUCUUUUGGCUAGAGAUCCAAAUCCCAGUGAUCCUCACUCUUGGUUCUGUCGAGCAAAAGGUGUUUUGUUUUUCAUUCUACCUGAGCUCUUAAUAGCUUAACUGGAUCACUUGUUAAUUUCACUGGUUUUACUUACAGUAUGUCUUUCAUCAUUAAGGAGUUUGUGUUCCCCAGCAAACGUGUAGAGCUCUGUCUCCCCAAAAACAGGAGUGUGGACCAGUGAUAAACUUUAAAUUGUUUGGAAGCAAAAAUGUUUCCAGCAGCUCAGUGUAAACUGUCAAUAUGUAAUGAUGAUACUGACAGGUAAAUAAUAGGUUCUUGUUCUUGGUGUAAAAUGCACUUAUUUAUUUUCCCGGGGAUUUCUUUAAACAUUCUCAUGCCGCAGAAAUACUUUCCUUGCACUUAAAAUACGCUGAAGUGUCUCUGAACCAUAUAUUUCUGUAAAUUGUAUGAAGGAUGAAUUUAGAACAGAAAUAUAUAAAGCAGUUUUUUUUUCGUAGUGCACGAAUGUACAUUUUUCUAAUAACCAUGUGUUCUGUUCAUGGAAUCCAUAAUUUAUUAUUACCAUCUUGUUUUGAUUCUCUGUAUAUCUAAACUAUGACGAACUGUAGUGACGUGCACAAAUUAAAUUGGCAUCUAUUUGAAA